AAAAACUAGCCAAUGGCAUUUCUAAGGGGGUCGACAUUGGGUGCUCAUCAAGCUAACAGGUUCGCUGGCGUGGAGAAUAUAGGGAUUGUAAAGGUUUUUAAAGCUUCGACAUUCAUUCCGCCGUAUCUGAACAAUGGCUAGCGGUGGUACCAACCAGCAACCAACCGCCGCCUACAAACCCUACCGUCACCUGAAAACGCUAGCUGGCCACCAACGCGCCGUAUCCUGUGUCAAAUUUUCCAACGACGGUACCCUCUUAGCCUCCGCCUCCCUUGACAAAACCCUAAUUAUUUGGUCCGCCUCGACCCUCUCCCUCCUCCACCGCCUCGUCGGCCACUCGGAAGGCAUAUCAGACCUCGCCUGGUCCUCCGAUUCUCACUACAUCUGCUCCGCCUCCGACGAUCGCACCCUUCGCAUCUGGGAUGCACGACCCCCGUUCGAUUGCCUCAAGAUCCUCAAGGGACAUUCCGACUUCGUCUUUUGCGUGAACUUCAACCCGCAGUCGAAUCUCAUCGUCUCAGGCUCCUUCGACGAGACGAUUCGCAUUUGGGAGGUGAAAACCGGCAAGUGCUUGAGGGUAAUCCGAGCCCACUCCAUGCCGGUGACGUCGGUUCAUUUUAACCGCGACGGUUCGCUGAUUGUAUCAGGCAGCCACGACGGGACAUGCAAGAUUUGGGCCGCCAAAGAAGGUACUUGCUUGAAAACCCUAAUCGACGACAAAGAUCCCGCCGUCUCGUUCACCAAAUUCUCCCCCAACGGGAAAUUCAUUCUGGUCGCAACCCUCGACAGCACUCUUAAGCUGUGGAAUUAUUCAACCGGUAAGUUUCUGAAAAUUUAUCAAGGACAUACAAACAGAGUUUACUGUAUAACAUCAACAUUCUCGGUUACGAGUGGGAAGUACAUCGUUAGUGGAUCAGAGGAUAAAUGUGUUUAUCUAUGGGAUCUUCAAUCCAGAGCCAUGAUUCAGAGACUCGAAGGCCAUUCGGAUACUGUUAUAUCCGUGACUUGCCAUCCCGUUGAGAAUAAAAUCGCCUCUGCUGGGCUUGACGGGGAUCGAACAAUUAGGGUUUGGGUUCAAGAUGCUUGAAUUCGCCAUUAAAUUCAAUCUGUUUGCCCCCACCUUUGUUUCCCACACCAUAAAUGAUUUUCUAAUAACAUGAACUCCCAGAAAUUUAUGAAUAUUGAAUCAACAAAAUUCUAUAA